CAAGACAGCACGUUAGUUGCAGCAUCAUAUAUAGCUAGGCAUCGGUGAAGGUAUCACAGCUGCAAGGCCAACAACGGUCCCGGCAUCGCUACCAGGGCUUGUAGACCCGACUUGGUGGCCUUGAACUAACCUCAGACUACAAGUAGCGUAUAAUUGUAUCGAUUUAAGCUCACUGGGCACCUGCAACCAAGUCAAACGAAGUAGCCCUCGGAGCGCUUGCAAAUGGCCAGCUUGCGACUGAGCGCGCCUUGCCCCGGAACUCGUUGCAAGAGUUUUGUGGGUGGUCGCUCGCUAGGAUAUGUUGCUACCGGCCAUCGGCCGCGGACUAGUGUGCAAACUACCGCCCUAACAGCGCCCGGCAAGGACGUGACCAGCGAGGUCAUCCAGCGCGCCUUCACGCUGGCGCUCACCACCCGCCUGAAGCAGUGGGGCGGCAUCAAGGUGGACGUGCGCUCCACGGCCUGGGGGCUGCUGGAGGGCAAGUUCGGCGGCAUGACGGUCAUGGGAGACAGGUGGCGCACGCCGCUGGAGCUGACUGCUGAGGCCCUGACGGUGGACAUUGGCGAGAUGCUGCUGGACACCAACAAGCUGGUGUGGCAGCAGACGGUGGCGCUGAAGAACGUGCCUCAGGGCAGCGUCAGCUUCACGCUGUCCAGCCAGGACCUGGCCAACUUCAUGGUGCACCCCAUCAUGGCGCUGGCGGCGGCCAGGGCGGUGCAGGGCAAGGCCUUUGUGUUUGACCGCGACAGCGCCGCCGUGCGCGUGGACCCAGCCACCGGCCGCGGCGUCAUCACCUACACGGGCGUGUGGGCGGGAGACGGGCAGCGCUACGCAGUCACCAUGUGCACGCCCCCGCCCGCGGCCGCCAGGCCUGCGGCCGCGCCCGCGGCGGCGGCCCGGGCUCCGGGCCAGGUGCCUGCGGCCGACAACUCGGUGAUGGCGCUGACGGUGGCGGCGGUGCGGCUGCGGCCGGGGGCGCAGCGCAGCGGCACUGGCUCCUUCGCCUCUCUGGCGUCAGGCGACGACAUCCUGGGCGGGCCCGAGGCGGCGCUGCCGCUGCCGGGGGGCCUGGUCGGGGCGGCGGGCAGCGCGGCCAGCGUGGACGGCGACGACGGCGACGCGGGCGCGGCGGUGGUGGGCGAGGGGCUGCGGCGCUUCUUCAGCAGCCUCAUGCUCAACCUGCAGGGCAUCGAGCUCCGGCUGCCCGCGCUCACGGUGCAGCUGCCGCCGCCCGGCUCGGGCGCGGCUGCCGCCGCCGCGCGCGUGCCGCCCAGCGGCGCGGCGGUGGCGGCGGCCAGCCCGCUGCCGGUGGGUACUCCGGCGCUGCUGACCAUCACCAUGCGGGUGGCCAUUGUGCAGCUGCCGCCGCUGGACAUGAAGUUCUAGGGCGGGCGCGAGGGGCCGCCAGGGGGGUAGUCAAUGGUGGUGUGUUAGGGCUGGGCGCGAGCGUCUGUGUGUGUGUGUGUGCUUGAGUGGGACCGUGAGGCAGGCGCCCGUACCAGGCAGGUAGGCAGGGACGGCUUGAGCAGACCGCAGGCAGGCUGAGGAACUGGAUGUCAUGGUAGGAGGGUUCUUGGCUGCUGGGGCCGCCUGGUGUGAUGUACCAAAUUAUGAACCCAUGAGUGUGUGUGAGAGCGCGCUGGCAAUGCGUUGUGGUGCGCUGUACCAUGUGCAAGUACCGUAUUUCAUGUUGUUUCCUUUGGUUGACGGCUUGCGACUGGCGGUCAAGUCGAGUCGGCGAAGAGCCGAAGCGUAGCGUGCCCUCAGCGUGCGCAGGGGCGAUACGGGUUGCGGCUAGAAGCACCGGGAGCAUUGGUUAUGUGUACCGUACCGCAUGUGUGUUUGAGGUGUGGAAGCGCGAUGUGCUGUGAUGUAGUGGGCGCGAUAAGGCUAGGUCCUGUGGGAGACCGUGCGACGUCUUCAGUUGACUUAAGGAGGGAACAAGAGGUGGCGGCAAGGCCCCAGAAGCACGGCGGUGGGCCUGGUUGCCGGUGACUGUUCUGAGCAUUACCAGUGAGGUGCAGAAUAGCAUUGUAUAUGAGCGCUGCAGCUAUAAGCCGGACAGUUUACUGGUGUGUCUGGAGCGCGGGAGUGCUGAUGUCACGGCAGGAGGAGGGUGGGAAUUUUGGGGAUUGGCUGUUUUAGCGUGGUUGGGACUACCCGUUUCCAAGCACUGUUGCAGUUCCCUAGCGGGCCGGCCCAGCACUGCUGGAUGCCUGGGCGGGACAACCGGAUGGCUCGGCGGGGACUGUUGGAUGGCCCGGUCGGGCCGACCCGGGAAUGCUGGAUGGCCCGGCGGGGACUGCUGGAUGGCUGGGUCGGGGUCACCCCAGCACUGUUGAAUGGAUCUGCACGUAACACGCGGCGUGCUGUUAUGACUGCGCCGCGGACCAGGGAGGAGCGUGGGGGUAUGCCAUGGGUAUUGCAGGGGUAGGCCGCUUUGAACUGCGUGUUUUUGUGCUUCCCAUGUCAUGUCCUCAGAAUUGAACACCUUCGCUACGCCUUAGUAUCAAUACUAUAAUGAGCUAUGUUCACGCUAUAGCGGCCGUUUAUAGCUAAACGCUUAACCCCGAAACGAUGUCUCUGCGGAAGACGUCCAGCGUUCGCUUUAGUUUACCCCGAUGAAUUGUGCACAUGUAAUAGGUUGUGUUC